CCAUGUACAAGAACUGCUUACACUCCGGUGAGAUGUUGUCCUGGACCUCUGCUCCUGCCAUUACAACGAUGAGAAAAUACAAGAGUUUCCCUUCGGUUCUGUAGACGGACAUGAUGAAACCUACAGAAUAUGAUCUCCGGACUGCAUUUAAUCUCUUUUAGUUGCUCUCUCACUCCUCAGCUUACUCCAUACCUCAUGCCAUUUCAGGUUUGCCAGGAGCUGGUGCCUAUAUCCAGUGGUCAUUGGGUAAAACCUGGACAGACAAUCCAAGUCAACACCCAGAGGACAGAACGGGAAACAGGAAACGUGUCCAGGCUCUCAAUCUCAACAGCCUUCAUUCAAAGUAAAUCACGAUGCCUGGAUUUGUUUUAUAGAAAGAUGUCAGACUUCCCCACCUCCUCCACUCCCACCCCCGAUCCGGGUCACUGCGACUACGACGACUGGUAUCCCUCCUUCUCCAUCAUCCCGUCUUUCUAUAUUCUGGCCUUCUUGGUGGGUUGCCUUGGUAACACCUUGGUGCUCUGGGUGUACCUGCGUCGACCCGACGGGAUCAGGAUAGGAGAGCAGUGUUGCUGCUGUUUCAGAGCAGAUCGCCAACAUGCGCCUUCUCCUUGUAAAAACAAACCAUCAGGACGGAGUAACAGAGCUUCCUCUCAUUCCUUCACCUCUUCCUUGUGCCCUCCCUCAAUCCCUCAGCCCUCUCGCUCCCUCACAGAUUCUCUGAUAGCCAGUUUGGCGUUAGCUGACCUUUGCUUCCUUGUAACGCUCCCUUUAUGGGCUACCUACACAGCAAUGGGCUACCACUGGCCUUUUGGGCAACCCCUUUGCCAGAUCAGCAGCUUCCUCACCGCUCUCAACAUGUACGCCAGCGUAUUCAGUCUGAGCAUGCUCAGUGUGGAGCGGUACAGGGUCCUGAAGGGACGCUGGCACUCCGGCCACCAUCCCUCGCCGAGGGGUCCCAACAGGACGCUGUGGAUACUGGUAGUGGUGUGGGUGGUAGCAGCGGUCCUGGCUCUUCCUGGCUUGCUGCUGCGUUCCAUCAGGGAAGUGGAACUUGACCCCAAGUCUGAGGAUGACCCCAGAUCUGUCAUCCUUUCCUGCCAGAUGGAUUACUCCAUGCUGGUUGGGGGAGAUCUUGAAGAGGAUGAAAAAGGCAGGGCAGAAGUGUGGUGGGAUGCCGUGUUGAGCAUAAAGUCAACCUUAAUUGGCUUCCUGCUACCUCUUGUCAUCCUGCUUUUCUGCUACUGCUCAUUGGCUCAGCUGCUCAGCAGGCACUUUGGACGUGGCCCCCGUCCCGACCGCAGGCGCCAGCGCAGACUCCUCAGGGUCAUUGUCACUUUAGUGAUGGCCUUCUUCCUUUGCUGGAUGCCACUCAACGUCAACAAGACUGUCUACAUCCUGCUGGAGUUGGGCUUUGUCCCGUAUACAUGUCCUCUACACCAGGCUCUGCUGGCUGCUCAUCCGUUCGUCACCUGUUUGGCUUACCUCAACUCCUGCCUGAACCCUCUGCUCUACGCCGCCUGUGACCAGUCAUUCAGGGAACAAUGCAGAGCAACUCUGCUCGUGUGGUGCGGGAUGUGCAGAAGAGAAGCAGAGGGAGAAGGGAGGAAAGAAGAACACGAGAAACAGCAGAGGAGCUCGACCUCUCCAGCAAGGGCACGAGAGGAUGAAGAGGAAGAGGACAAGUUAUGAGAAGGAAAAGGAAUAAUAAACUCUUCAUGUUCAGUUCAAAAGCAGAAUAAAAUUGAAUCUAAAAAAAAUAAAAGAGAAACUAAAUAUUUGUUGCACAUUGUUACGUCUAAAAUUCCCAGCUGCCUGAGCAUUUGCUCUGUCCAGCUUGUAUGAGACUUUUACAGUUAACAUCCAGAAAUGGAAAUGUUCAAACAGUAUUUUUCCACGGGGUACUAUCGAGAUGUUUCCUAUAAGAAAAUGCACAUGCUUCCUAAAUUAUUUGAGGCAGAAAUAAUCUGGGGUCAGAUAAAAGCUUCUCAUGAUACAUGAUAUGUGAUACAUUCAGAGGGUACUUUGUGUUUGUUGGUUUGUGUUGCACUACUGUUUUUGACUUUUCACUGUUUAUCUUUCUUUAUGACAAUAAUAAAAGGCCACAUCAUAUUGAAA